UGUGUAUUGGCUUGAACGGGUUGCAACACGUUCGUGUGUGUGUGUUUGCGCGGUUUGCGCGUUUCCCGCCAAAGCAACAACAAAGGAGAAGAAGAGAGAAGAGAGAAGAGGAAGAAGCAAAGCGCGCACUGGAUGCAGAGGGCAGUUCGUGGUGCUGUGCGGCGAUUGGCGACAAGCGGUGUGGUGAAGAGAACAGCAACAGCAGGAGCAGCAGCAGGAGCAGCAGGAGCAGUGCAGAGGGGACGUGCCGUGCAGUUGUACCAGUGGCCUGUACACAGAACAGCAGCAGGAGCACAGUUGCUUGGAUACCACCAGCACCAGCAACAGCGACAACAACAGCGACACAACAGCAGCAGCAGCAACAGCAUCAUCAUCACCAUGCCGCGACGCAGCGCCAGGGUGGCGGCGAAACAGGACGAGGCCGAGAGCAAGAAGCAGCAGCAGGAACACGAGGCCGCUGCUGAGCAGGAUCAGCAGGAGCAAGCCGUGCAGCAGCAGCAGGAGGAGGAAGAUGCAGGGGAGACGAACGCGCCCAAGCGUGCAAAGAAGGCAACCUUGAAGAAGGAGAAGGCGGUCAAGGGCAAGAAGAGCAGCCGCUCCGCUUCCACCAAACAGGCCAGCGAUGGCACCCCACAACAGAAGAAAAAGCAGAGCCUCAAGAAGGCUGCGUCUGCCGGUGUGCCUCGGGAGCCAACGCAGCGCCCAAAGCCACUGGAUACCAAGCACAAGCCCGUGAAGAUCCUGAGCUGGAACGUGAACGGCCUGCGAGCCGUCGUGCGAAACAGCCUCAACCACCUACAGGAACUCGUGGACGUGAGCAUUGGCCUCACGCGGCUGGACUACCGCGUGGAGGAGUGGAACCAGGAUCUGCUGGCGUAUGUGCAGGCGCUGGAGAAGACGAAACCGGUGCUGAUCACGGGCGAUUUGAACGUCGCCCACCUGGACGAGGACAUCUACAACUACGACGCGAAGCACAUUGCAAAGGUGGCCGGGUGCACACCACGCGAGCGUGAAGGGUUCACGCAGUUUCUGAACGAAGGCUUUGUCGACACGUUUCGCCACCUGCACGGCAACGUCAAGGGCAACUUUACCUACUGGAGCGCACGUACCCACGGUCGCGAGCAUGACAAGGGCCUUCGCCUCGACUACUUUGUCUGCUCAAAGCGCAUGACAGAGUCACUCCCAAAGGUGCACGACUCUUACCAGCUGCACAAGGUGCUUGGCUCGGACCACUGCCCUGUUGGCGCUGUUGUGCAGACUGCAUGAUGUGCCCGCUGUUGUUGGCGGCAGUGGUGGUUGUAGUGUCGUUCCGCUUGAUACUGUUACUUUUCCCUUGCGGGUUGUUGUUUGUUUACUCAAGUCAAUGAAACAAUGUCAUUCAAAUACGCGCAUGUGCCUCCUGCUUCACCUCUACUUCAUCACCACUGUGUUCUCCCUCAUCAUCAGCGUCA